UUUACAACGACACAACAUGUUUCACUUAGGUUGCUUUACUCUUGUUUUUAUUGUUACUGCAUCUGUGAAUUGUUCAAAUUAUGAAAGACUUAAACACCGGGUUAAUAAUCUGGAAGAACAACUGUUUCAUAAUUCAAAAGAAUUUCGAGAAGACAUAGCGCUAUUGAACUUGAAAUACAACACAUCGUAUGCUGACCUGAAGGAAAGUCUUCCACAACUUGAAGAGAGAAAAAGCCAGGACAACACGGGAAAGAAUUGUCAUGAUGAGGUUCAUGACAGCUUGGUUUUUAUGAAGCGCACACUUUCUGAAGAAAAAUCUAUUGCACGGAGAUCAAUUUCUAAACUCGAAACCAAAGUUAUGAAUAACUUAAGCCAAAUUAUCGUUAUGUUCAAUGAUAUCAAAAACGAAACUAGGCUAGAACAAAAGAAUGUGGAAAAUACUGAAGAAACUUGUAACCUCAAAAUUGAUAAAAUUACAGAGGAGAUAAUGCGAAUGUCUGAGAUGCUUUCAAGACACGUUGAAGCACAAAGGAUUCUAUCGCAAAGCUUAUGGCACAUUUUCGGAAACUCAUUUUAUUUUAUCGGCAAGGAAUCAUUAAAUUGGUCGCAAACAAUUGACACUUGUAAAGCUUUAGACGCCUACUUGGUCCAAAUUGAAGACAGCAAUGAAAGUAAAUUUAUCACUGACCUAGUAAAACCAACAUUCGCAGAAAGUAAUGGCUUCGGAGUAUGGAUAGGAGGGAGUGACCUGCAGAACGAAGGAUCGUGGAUCUGGGAACAUAGCAAAGCAAGAAUUGUUUUUAGUAAUUGGGGUCCAAACGAGCCAAAUGGAAACAAGCGCGAAAACUGUUUACAUUUAUACAAAAGUAAAGGUUGGGCUUGGAAUGACGCAGGCUGUCAUGCUAAAAUGGGAUUCGUAUGUGAGAAAUAAAUCUAAAUGUGUUUUCAUCUUUAUUAUUACUUAUAAGAUGGUGUCGGGCUAGUUUUGCUGUGUAUAUAGGCAUGAGAUUAAUAGAUAUCAAUGUGAUUUUUAUGACAUGAAUCAACUAUGAUAAACAUAGUUUUUGUGAAUGUCUCUGAAAGAAUGUUUGUUUUUGAUAAAAUGUAUAUAAAAUGUCAUUAUUUUUCAAACAUACGACUCUAUUGGUAUACAAACUUUGUUUUCGUUUCAUUAUACAUUCUUCACUCUUUCAGGAUUUAAUUAACAUACAUACAACCGCAGGAACAAUACUUUUACGUAUUUUAUAGAAAUAUUUUUGUAUGUUUUUCAUCUGUUUAACAAAAUAAUACAAUAAUUGUAAUUAUGACUUACGUAGAGCUUAAUUAGCAUACAAACAACAGCAAGAACAAUAUUUUUGCGUAUUAUAAAAAUAUUUUUGUAUGUUUUUCUUCUGAUAUUAUUUUGUUUAACAAAAAAAUUACUGUUAACAUGACUUGCGGUUAAUACAGUGGAGAACAUUCUGCAAGACUUUAAUUAAGAUUAUUCUUCACUUCCUUGUUCACUUAGAUUUAAAGAUCAUGGACAAGGUCAGGACCAGAUAUAAAAACUGAAAUGUUCUCCAUUCUUUAGUCUCAUAAAGUAAACAUAUGUAUAUUGAGUAGAUAAAUUUGAACUUGGAAUAGAAUGGUUAUGGUAAUUUGGAAUAAACAUGUUGAUUAUUAUUUAAUAAGAUGUUUGAAUUCACAGUUGAUACAAAUAUUAAACCUUGAGUCUAAAAUUGAUCCUUUUUGAUCCGAUUUUUUUUGUUUAUUUAAUUCCAAAAUAGGUUUUUUGUACAAGUCAGGAUUUCUUUUACAUUUUGUUUAUGCCUAGUAAAUUGAAAAUAAAAUUAGAUAAAUUAAAAUGUUAUAAUUAUAAUAUGGAAAUAAAAUCAGACUCAUUUGAUCCUGAUCCUAAACUUAUCUUAGUGAAUAAUUAUUUUGGUAGACACUAAAUCUUUGAUGUUACACUGAUGUUAUGAAAUGUUUGCUCUGCAUUGUAUAUGCGCCUUAUUUCAUUUUACAUUAUUAGAUGUAUUGACAUAAUUGAGCCGCGUCACGACAAAAUCAACAUAAUGCGUUUGCGACCAGCAUGAAUCCAGACCAGCCUGCCUAUCCGUGCUGUCUGAUCAGGAUCCAUGCUGUUCGCUAUCGGUUUCUCUACUUGUUAUAGAGUUGGUAAGCGAACAACAUGGAUCCUGAUCAGACUGCGCGGAUGUGCAGGCUGGUCUGGAUCCAUGCUGGUCGCAAACGCACUAUGUUGGUUUUGUCGUGACGCGGCUCAUAUAGUUUAAUACUUAUUUCAAUUACUUUACUGUAACAGUUAUAAAACAGGCCUUGAAAUUGCAUUGGUUAGUUAACAAUCUAUUUCUAAGCAUUUAUUCAAUUAACAAUACUAAACAAAUUUAUUUUAUUUGAUAUCAGUCCUUGUAUUGACAUAUUAACAGAGGUUGGACACUUCGUAAAGGUUUUCUCAAUAUGAUAAAUGACUUAAAAAUUGACUUGCACUUGAAAUGGGCUAUAACGUUUGAAUAUCUUGAUAAUAUAUACUAGGACUGUUGCUUACAUGAAUACAUUUAAAAAUGUAUAUGUCAUGCAAUGAAAACGGUCUUGUUUCGGUAAUUAAUUUGAUAUUUCAUUUUUACAUGUUUUGUUAUCAUUUAAAAAUUUUGCUUAACGGUAAAUGUUUUAUGUUUCAAAUUUGCCAAAAGCACACAAGUAUUUUGUUUCAAUGUUUGCUGUUGUAUUUUAAUGUAAUAAUAAAUAUCAAAAUAUAUCCUAUAGAUAUGAUAAGCUUAAUAGCCAUCUGCUCAUUCAAAAAUGUAUUUUGUAAAUAGUGUUCACUUGUUAAAGGUCAUGUUGAUAAAAUAUGUUUAAACCAAAAAAUAUCCUGACGAGAAAAAACUUAAAAUUCGAAUAUUAUAGGCCGCAAAAACGGUACAGAUGCGAAUGUAUUGUGAAUGUUGCAAGCUCUAUCUGAUUAAGCUUGUCCAUAAAAAUCAUACCAUUCAGGGAUAUCUUAAAGUGUAGCGUGUCUUAAAACAUUACACUGUUUUAAAAUUACACAUAUCUUAAACUCUUAAUGUGUUACAUUUUUUUAAAUGGCACGUAUCUUAAAAUGUAGUUUAUAUUAACAUGAAGCGUAGCUUAAUGUGCCGCGUAACAUAGCUUAUCAUAAAGUGUAGCGUAUCUAUUACUAAAGUGUUGCGUAUUUUUUAAGUGUAGCUUAUCUUAAAUCUAGUGUAGCGUAUAUUAAAGUGUUUAAUAUUUAAGUGUAGAAGUGUAUCUUAAAGUGUAGCGUUUAUUUAAGUUCAGGGUUCCAAAAAGUGUUAAGAAUAAGAGUUGGGUACAGCUUAAAGUAAAGCGUAUCCUAAAACGUUGUAUUUCUAAAACGUUGCAUUUCUUAAAGUGAAGCGUAUCUAAAGGCGAGUAACUUUUGACGUUUCAAAUAACGUUAGUUGUUUGAAACCAUCAUAAUUUGUGUGAAGUACAUUCGCCUAAUUGAAUUGUAGUGCUUUCGUCAUCAGUUAAUUUUCAUAUUGAAUAAAAAUUAAGUAGGAAUACUGGAUUGAGUUUCGUCAUAUUCGAUUUAUUUCGAUAUUCUGUUCAAGAACAGUCUCAUUUAACGACCCUGGGAUCCAAAUAUUUUAUUUUUUUAUUUUUUAGUAUGUAACCAACUUUAAGAUAUAAUUGUUCUUUAGAAUUUUGAUUGAAUGGUGUUAUGUUAUUUGCAACAAGCAAUUCAGAAUAGUGUUGUCAUUUAAAUCUUUGUCCAGGUAUGUUGUGUAAGAAAAUGUGCUCGUGUGAAAAUGCUGCAAGAAAACAUUUUUUAUGAACAAUAUUUACAUGUGUUCUUAGAAUUCUGUUUCGUAGAACUUUAUAUAUAUUCUCAAAUAUUUUCCACAUAUUCUGAUGUAAUAGAUCAUAUACAAAUAAAGAAAGAAAACCUU